AUGAAGCAUAUUUUUGCAGCUAUCUUCCUCCUCAUGGCCGAAAACACCAAGCUUAUUAAGCUUAAAUUGUUGAACAGAAUAGCUACUGUGAAAGAUGAUGGGACUGUGGAGUUCGAAGUGCCAGAUGUUGAGCCCCAUGUUCUUGAUGGUGGACAAGAGACACAUUCUGAAGUUGCUGAAGAAGAGUCACUUGAAACAGAUGUUCAGUAUGUUCCACCGCUGCAAAUAGUGAUGCUUAUAGUUGGAACAAUCGGAGAUGUGCAGCCAUUUAUUGCCAUUGGCAAGCGCCUCCAGGAAUAUGGGCAUCGUGUAAGAUUGGCAACUCAUUCAAAUUUCAAAGAGUUUGUACUAACUGCUGGGCUUGAGUUCUAUCCAUUAGGUGGAGAUCCAAAAGUUCUUGCGGGUUAUAUGGUUAAAAAUAAAGGCUUUUUGCCAUCAAACCCUUCUGAGAUACCCAUUCAGCGAAAUCAAAUGAAGGACAUUAUCUACUCUCUGCUUCCUGCUUGCAAAGAAUCUGAUCCUGAUUCCGGUAUUCCUUUUAAUGCAGAUGCAAUCAUUGCAAAUCCUCCUGCAUACGGGCAUACCCAUGUGGCAGAAGCACUAAAAGUACCAAUCCAUAUAUUUUUCACAAUGCCAUGGACGCCAACAAGUGAGUUUCCACAUCCCUUGUCCCAUGUGAAGCAACCUGCUGGAUAUCGACUUUCAUAUCAGAUCGUUGACUCAAUGAUUUGGCUUGGGAUACGGGACAUGAUAAACGAUGUUAGAAAGAAAAGGCUGAAGCUACGACCAGUCACAUAUUUGAGUGGUUCCCAAGGCUCUGAUUCUGAUGUGCCACAUGGAUAUAUAUGGAGUCCUCAUCUUGUUCCUAAACCAAAAGAUUGGGGACCUAAGAUUGACGUGGUAGGAUUUUGCUUUCUGGAUCUUGCAUCAAAUUAUGAACCCCCUGAAUCGCUAGUAAAGUGGCUUGAAGCUGGUCCAAAGCCUAUUUAUAUUGGAUUCGGAAGCCUUCCUGUUCAAGAACCAGAAAAAAUGACCCAAAUAAUAGUAGACGCAUUGGAACAAACUGGACAGAGAGGUAUCAUUAAUAAAGGCUGGGGGGGCCUUGGAAAUCUGGCAGAAAACAAGGACUUUGUGUACUUAUUGGACAAUGUUCCUCGUGAUUGGCUGUUCUUGCAAUGCAAGGCUGUGGUACAUCAUGGAGGUGCUGGAACAACUGCUGCUGGUCUUAAAGCUGCAUGCCCGACUACCAUUGUUCCGUUCUUUGGCGAUCAACCUUUCUGGGGAGAGCGGGUGCAUGCCAGAGGAGUGGGACCUCCACCCAUCCCAGUCGAUGAAUUCUCACUACCCAAGUUGGUUGACGCAAUAAAAUUCAUGCUAGAUCCAAAGGUGAAGGAGAAAGCCAUCGAACUUGCCAAGGCAAUGGAGAGCGAGGAUGGGGUGACCGGUGCAGUAAAAGCAUUUCUUAAACAUCUUCAUCACAAAAAGUCCGAGCCCGAGCCAUCACCAAUCCCGUCCAGUUUAUUCUCCAUCAGUCGAUGUUUCGGAUGUUCAUGAAUGUGCAUGCUUGUUUCUUCCUUGUAAGUUGUUCACGUGUGUCUAUGUUCUGUAUUUUUCCUCCAUAGUGUUUUCAUUCCUAAUCUGAAUCCCCUUUUUAAGUCCCUG